CGGAAGUAAAUUAAAACUUCAACUCAGUCUCCCGCGACAUUUGUGGCGUUACCAUAGCAAUGGAGAGAAGCAAAUGGGAAAAGUUGUUGACUCAUUUUCAGGCGUGUGCCCGUGGAUACUUGGUGAGAAAGGAAAUACGCCGUGCACGGGAAGAUUUUGAAGGCAUCGUGAGAGAAAUUGAGGGCGACUUGGCUCAUUUGCAGUGGAGGGAGGCCAUCAUACCUAUUCCCCACUUCACAGACACUAGUGGUCCAUUGCAAAGUCCAAGACCAUACUGUUCUGCCAGGCCAGUGAAAGCAGCACUAGAGGUCAGUGCCUGUCACCAGAAUCCAGCAGCAGCAGCACCCCUACCGGAGGAGACAGGAGCGGAUCAUCGUCUCUCUCCAGAGAAAUUAGAAGCUGAAAGAGAUGAUUCACACUACCACAUACAAGCCUCCCCUUCCAGAGUCUGUUCCCCCAGUAUAUCUGCUGGAGGGGAUGGAGAGGGGCAGAGCCACACCAGUCUAGAAGAACAGGCCGGGGAUGGAGAUGGAGCGGAAGGGAUGAUGGCGAGCACAGGGGAUACUACCACCGUCUGGAGCAGUCUGGGGCUGGACAUUAGUUAUGGACAAUCUCACAAAGGUGUCCCACUGUACUGUUUGGCCCGAAACGUUCCACGUACCCCAGAGGCCCUGCGUCUCCAUAGAAAUACCCUGGCCAUGGAGCUGCUCUGGCUUCAACAGGCCAUUGCCAGCAGGAAAAAGUACUUGUCACUCAAAGAGAGGCUCAGUGUAUCCUGACAGCAGAUGUGUACCAAAGUCAUCUUUACUGGACUUGUAAUAAUAUGGAAAGAAGACCUGGCUGAGGUCAAUCAACUGAACUCACUCUAAUGGCACCUUUUAUGCAAGUUUUAGUAUAUGUUUUCAGAAAUCGUCAUCGUGUGUUAAAGAAGCUAUGGUAUGUUAAAGCUGUAAAUUGUUUUUUUAUAUUUGUUUGGAAAAAAGAUUAAACUAUUUUUUUCUAAA